CCAGCCAGGACAAGAUUAUUAUCUGUGCCUAAAAAUAGCCCUUCUCUGGUCCCCCUCUUCCAGCAACCGUGGAAACUUCAGCAUUUUUCUUCUUUUCUGGUUUCCACAUCUGCUGUUUACCCCAUGAAGGUUGGCGUAGCCGCCCUCGCAGCCGGGAUCCUCGGCAGCACCGGCAUCUUGCUCUUUCUCAUCGCUUUUGGGACGGAUUACUGGCUUCUGGCUACGGAGACCUGCGGUGUCUUUGAGCAUGGGAACAGCACGCUGCAGGGCGGGGAGGCUGAAAUGCUGACAGAGGUCAGGAAAGAGAUGCUCACUUUCCAUCAUGAGGGCUUCUUCUGGCGGUGCUGGUUCUUUGGCGAGGGUCACUCGGAGACCAUCUGGACCUUCUGGUACACCAGCCAAGCACACCCCAAGUUCUGCACCCAUGGCUACCUCUUCCCCAUGCCCAUUGCUCUCGGACCUUUCCCUCAUCCUUCCUAUGACACAACUGCAGUGUACAGAGGUUUCUGGACGGCAUUCAUCGUGCUGGCUGUCGCCACUGGGCUGGUGGGAGGACUGCUGCUGGUGUGUGGUGUGCCCUUCGUCAGCCCUCGCUCCUACAAAAUCGGAGGUGGAUUCCUUCUCUUCUCGGGAGGCUUAUUUCUCCUGCUCAUAUUUCUCUUUGUGAUAUGGAAGGAGUUCGCCGCUGAUUUUCAGAAGUACAUCCUUCUGGAGAGGAGUGAGAAGUGCAUGGAUGAUGUACCCGUGCAUGUGUAUUACGGGUGGUCAUUCAUGUUUGCCGCGGCAGGUGUUCCCCUGGUUUUACUGUCAGGACUUGUCUUCUACUUGGUUGGCAGAGACAUUAUGAAGUCGCUGGAGUAAGACAAAUUUGGAGGUCUUUCUUUGAGAAAAUUGGUGAUGCUCCUUGUAAUGAAACACACACAAGAUUUGAGGGCUAGAUUGGUUUUGUAGCUAUAAUUGUCAGCAUAGAUACAUGACUACACUCACUCUUGCAUGGAGGCAGGGAUGGAGCACUGAGCAUCCAAUCACUGUCAGUCCAAACCUAGACCCAGCUGAACAUCCAGCCUCAGCAUUUUCACACUUUGGAGAAAUUUAGGUAUGUCUAUGGGUUUUGCAUCAGUUUGAAGCCCAAGGAAAAGCCUGUGCUGUUAAAAGCAGAUUCCCUCAGCUGUCAGCAGAGCCCUACAUCCAUACUCAGCAGAGCUGGAGUUUUAUGGUGUUCCCAGCAUCCCUGUUUCUUGUAAGAGGUAAUCGAAUCUGGCUGCAAUGGUGUACACUCUAAUGUCUAUUUCUGAAAAGCAAUUAAAGAUGAUUUUUUUCUUAAGCUGGCUCUAAUUGACGUCAAAGGACAACCAUUUUAAUGGGAUAUCGGGAAGCAUGAGAAAUUCUUUUCAUUAAAAGCCCUGAUUCCAAAGAUACAAAUGUACCUGGGCCUAACCUAACUCUGAACAAGUGAAUAAACCAAUUUCUAUGGCAUGAAACAUAA